GCUCUGUCCGGUGUCCGACAGCAGAGCAUCUGACCCUGGCGGCCUCGUUUUGCACAUUCUCAGGACUGCAUCUAACACAUGGCAGCUCUGUUCCCACCACCACCUGGUCCCAGAUUUGUCCUCCGAGGCACACAGUCACCUGUGAACACACUGCAUUUCUGCCCAGCGUCUCAAGCUCUGGGGAGUCCCCUCCUUUUCUCAGGCUCUCAGAGUGGCCUGGUGCACAUCUGGAGCCUGCAGACCAGAAGAACAGUUGCUGCCCUAAAUGGCCACAGGGGCCAGGGUGUAACCUGGCUGAAGACACUGCCCCAAGGGCACCAGCUCCUCAGCCAGGGCCGGGACCUGCGGCUGUGCCUGUGGGACUUGGCAGAGGGCAGGAACACCAUCAUGGACGCAGUUCAGCUGGACAAUGUGGGCUUCUGCAGGAGCUCUGUCCUGGCCAGGGGACAGCUAUGUUGGAUGCUUGCUAUACCUGGGAAGGGCAGCGAUGAGAUUCAGAUUCUGGAGAUGCCAUCCAAGACGUCAGUGUGUACCCUGAAGCCGGAGGCAGAUGCCAAACCAGGCAUGCCCAUGUGCCUGGGGCUGUGGCAGACUAACUCCAGUUCCCGCCCUCUCCUUCUGGCUGGCUAUGAGGAUGGAUCUGUAACCCUGUGGGACAUCUCAGAGCGGAAGGUGUGCAGCCGGAUCGCCUGCCAUGAAGAACCUGUCAUGGGCCUUGACUUCGAUUCUCAGAAGGCCAAGGGCGUCUCAGGCUCUGCCGGGAAGGUCCUGGCUGUCUGGAGUCUGGACAGCCAGCAGUCCCUGCAGGUGUACAAGACUCAUGAGCUCACCAAUCCUGGAAUUGCUGAAGUUACCAUUCGGCCAGACCAUAAGAUCUUAGCCACAGCGGGCUGGGACCAUCGCAUCCGUGUGUUUAACUGGAGGACAAUGAAGCCACUGGCUGUUUUGACCUUUCACAGUGCUUCUGUGUACUGUGUGGCCUUCGCCCCUGAUGGCUUGCUUGCUGCAGGGUCUAAGGACCAGCGUAUCAGCAUCUGGUCACUCUACCCCUGCCCAUGACUACUGCAUUAACACAGUCUUGACCCAGCCCUGUGGAGGGCCCUCAGGGGCCUCUGAGGACAACAUAUUAUGGCCAGAGGUCCAUGGAAUCCAGUUUCUUCAUAAAGUUCUCUGUUCCUUUCAUGACCUGUCACUCAGAUGACAGAACCUGAUGAUAGACACCUGGCACCUGUAGCUUGGUAAGAGUCAUGGCUUAGUCUGGUAGUAUGGCCAGCCUGGACAUAUUUGACAAUAAAUUUCCCGUUACCAACCUGAA